GGCAUCGAGUCAACUGGCGGAACAGCGGGCACCGAGUCGUCUGGCAAGACUGCGGGCACCGAGUCGUCUGGCAAGACUGCGGGCACCGAGUGGUCUGGCAAGACUGUGGGCACCGAGUCGUCUGGCAUUGGAUCGUCUGGCUCGACAGCGGGCAUCGGGUCACCAGGUAUGACAGCGGGCACUGGGUCACCAGGCAUCAGGUCAUUUGGCUUGCCAGCGGGCACCGCGUCAUCUGGCAAGGCAGUGGGCACCGAGUCACCAGGUACCGGAUCAUCUGGAUCAACAGCGGGCAUCGAGUCAACUGGCCUAAUAGGAUCAUCAGGCUGGAUCAGUUCAUUAUGCUGGGUAGAG